CCCUGCUUUAUCUCUGCGCUCACCCCACGGUGUCGCCUGUAUUUUCUUCCGCGAGUGAAAGCGAAAGUAAAAGGCGGUGCCCGUUCGCGCUUCCUGUGAGCACGGUAACUGAUCAGCUUACUGCAGUUAGCCGACGGAGACGCGAACCAUUUGACGUUGGAAAACAAGCCAUUAUGGGCCAAGAUUUCCUGGGACAUAUUUUUUGAAACACCUCUUAUGAAAGUUUUUCGUUGAAGCUGACACGACCUAUGCAGAACACCAGGAAGGCUUUCAAUGUCAGAUACCUGCUGAGAAUAAUAUUCCUUCCUGAAGACUUGGCUAAGCUUCAGUUCUGUUUACUUCUGAAUGACCGAUGAGAAAGAGAAGCACCCACAUUGUAUACUAAAUACUGCCAGUGAACCAAAUUCUGAAAAGUGUGAUUGACUUUGGCAUUAUUAUUCUGGAUGCCUUAAAACAAAGACUUUUGCUUAAUGAAGAGAACUCAUGAAGGAAGCAUAAAAGAACAACAUAAAAUGGGGAUAUGUUGUACAAAACCCUCUGCAUCUUCUGACGAAAUUAAGGUCUUGUUGCAAAAAAAUGAGGAACAUCAACAGAAAAAUAAUACAGGUGCAUAUACUCACCAGACGUUGAAAACAAACACAGAUACACCUGACAGGGAAGAAGAUCAAAUACUAGAGAGCGAUACAAAAAAUGAUUUUAAGUUUUUGGAGAGUACUCAUGAGAAGCAGCAGGAGUCUGAACCAGUCGUAGCUUUGAAUCCAGUUUUAUCUGUCACUUCGCAUCAGAAUGAACGAAAAGAUCCUGAUAAAGAUUGUCAUACUGUCAUUAUUAAAGGGGAGAAAGAAAGUGAAGCACAGCUUAAUAAUGACCCUAAAAAAGAUGGACUGGAGGCUGCAUCAUCAAGAAAAGAAAUAAAAUAUGGUGGUUUUACUGGUGGAGUACAGCAGAGUGCUGUAAACAGAACUGGCAUAGCCAGUGAUCCAAAGUCAGACAACAAAGUACAAGAAACAGUAGGUGAGCAGCAAUGCAACCAAACCAGUCAUCGUACUGCAAAUGACAGUUCAAAAGAAAUAAGCAUCCUUCACCAGACUGACCAUAUACUGUGUCAAAAAUGUACAGAAAUAAAUGAAGUUGAAGAUUUAGAUGACAUUGGAGAGGAUUUUACAAAAGAAAAUGCUAGGUGUGCAGUAUCAAAUGGCAGUAAUUCACUAAGCCAUAAUUAUAAUGCUCCUAGUGCAGUAAUGGAGACACAGAAUGAAAAUGAAUCCACAACUGAAACCUAUGGUCAUCAAUCUGAUACUUUUUUGGAUCAUAACACUCCAAAAGAACAUACUGAUGUUGCAAAUGAACCUGAUACAGCUAGUGAAAUUGACCUGUACCGUGGAGAAGAAGAAAUGCAAGAAGGUAAUCACCUAGAUGAAAACAGGACCAGAAGUGAAGAAUAUUUGUUGGUUUCACAGGACAGAUGCAGUAUCUCCCCUGAAGUAGAUAUAUUGACCUACAGUGAAAAGGAGUGGAGAGGAAACACAGCUAAAAGUGCACUGAUUAGAAAGGGAUAUGAAGAUGUUUCCAAGAGUUACAAGGGACUCCGUAGAGUGCGGGGAGAUAAUUACUGUGCUCUCAGAGCUACAUUGUAUCAGACACUGAUUAGAAGUGAUGACCUUCCCAUUUGGCUUCAGGGAGAGGACAUUUUACAGCUUCCUCUAAAAUUAGGUGCAGAUAACAAGUGGAUUGAGCAGUGGAGACUUCCACAUGCUCAUCAAAGCCAAAAUAGAAAUUUCAAAGAUAUCAUCUUGGAAUGUUUGGAGCUUUUAAAGAAAAAGUGGGAAGAAGUUGUGCUGUUACCUACAGUAGAAGACAAAGAAACGGCAUGUGACGAGAUUUUCAGAAAUGGAGAUGAAGAGAACAGUUUGCUGGAAGCUAUAAAAUUUCUGAUGCUUGGAACUGCAAUUGAGCUAUAUAAUAAUAUGCAACAGGACAAAGAAGUGCCCCUUUUCUGUUGGCUUUUAUUUGCAAGAGAUACCUCCAAAACCCCCUGCUCUUUUCUCAUAAACCACCUUAAUCAUGUGGGAUUGUCUGGUGGGCUUGAACAGGUUGAGAUGUUCCUCUUGGGGUACACACUUCAGUAUACAAUAACAGUAUACCGACUCUACAAAUGUGAAACUGAUGAGUUUAUCUCCUAUUACCCCGAUGAUCACAAAGAAGAUUGGCCAGAGGUGUGUCUAAUUACAGAAGAUGACCGACAUUAUAACGUACCAGUCAAAAAGCAAGAAGAAACGAGCCUAACAUUGCAACCUGAUUAACUUGCAUCUUUUCUGUUGAAAAAGGAACACUAAUAAGUGGUACCUCACAGUUCUUUUGCUCUGGUGCAUCCAGUCUGAUCUGCACGUACCAGUAGCAGAUUUAAACAUCUGUGCUGGUUUUAGUCCACCACCAGUAAAGUGGGAUUUGUGCUUGUUCUAAGAAAAGAAACUGGAAUUAGCCACUUACUAUGUUUAUAAGCAAGACAUCAAUAACUCUCUCUCUGCUGUGCUUGUAAUGAACUGCUUACAGAAAUGUUUACUGUUUUAUUCACUUUCAACAUUUUAUAGCUUAGGUUAGAUAAGGUUAUAGGUAUAGGUUAGAUAAUCCAUUGAAUGUUAAAUUUUCUUUGCUUUAAUAGUGGUGUCUAGCUAAUCUAAAUUGUAAACUAAUAUACAUCAACUAGAUUAUAUGCAAGAGCACCUUCAAUUAAAAAUGUUUAAAAUUAAAUAUUAGUCUAAAAUUAUAAGGCUUUUAUGGUAUAAAUCCUUAAUUUCCUUCUAAUUUCAUGGAUGAUAUAAUGGUUACAAUGCAACAAAAUUGACGUUCCUUUGUUGUCUUUUCUUGUUCUUGAGACCGUGUUUAAGGAAAAUUAUGCAGGAAAUGUGGAGGGAUAAGAAAAGGUAGUACCUCAGGUUAAAAUGUUUAAAUUUAUUUUUAAAUUGAGUUAGCUAAAAAAAAAAAACUUUCAAAGAGGCAUACAAUUAAUCAUUCUGAUUUCUUUUAAACAUACUCCUUGUGUUUAGCCUAGAAAUAACACUCAAGUUUUUUUUUUUCAGAUUGCAUGCUUAGAUUUUCAUGAAAAUAAGGGAAAAAAUUUUAUUGGUAAGUUUGCUGCAUUUUGAGCUGAGGUUUUGGGAAGGUUGCUUAAGAAAAUAUGAUAAUUAUUCAAUAUAUGUUACAUAUAAAAUACAAUUUUAGUUAAAAAAAAAAAAAAAAAAAAAGACCAAAAUAAGCUUACUUUAAGAUGUAUGUAACAGUGAUUUCC